AUGAUGUGGCCCAGCGAGGCAAGGUCGCCAAUCGACCCACAUGACAGAUUUCACCGUGUAAAAGUCUAUCUCCUGAAGGAAGAUGAGCGAUGGGACCAUCUAGGAACUGGACAAAUAUCAACUAAAUACAUUGGACGACUGCAGGGCGUUUGCCUGCUUGUUCACUCAAAAUCAAAUGGCUCACUGAUAAUGGAGUGCAAAAUACAUCCUGAUGUGCCAUAUAGAAAACUAAAAAGGCAUUUAAUUACAUGGAUUGGACCUAAUAACCGUACAGUGGCAAUAUGUUUCCGAGAAUCAGAUAGUUGUCAAAGCAUCUGGGAAGACAUUUGUGAAGUUCAAGGUAAAGAUCCCAGUGCACAAAUCACACAAGAAAUUACGGAUGAUUUACAUGUUUUACAAGAACUGCCUCAGAUCCAGAAUCUGCGUGAGAAGCAAACCUGUGAAAACAGCACACUUGUACAGAUUGCACAAUUAUUUAAUUUUGUUGAGGAAUCGCCAAACUACAAGGAAAGACUAGCUAUUCUUCUGAAAAAUGAAGAUUACAUUAAAAAAUUGCUACAGGUCUUCCACAUUUGUGAAGAUCAACAGAACAUGGAAGGUUUACAUAUCCUAUAUUUCAUUAUUAGAGGAAUAUUGUUUCUCAACAAUAUGCAUUUGUAUGAGGUCAUGUUUGCCGAUGAAUGUAUCAUGGAUGUCUUGGGCUGCCUUGAGUAUGACCCUGUUUUGGAUCAGCCAUAUCGGCACCGGGAAUUCUUAACUGAAAAUGCAAAAUUGAAGGAAGUUAGGCCAAUAACAUGCUCCAAACUCAGGCAAACAAUAGAUCAGACCUACAGAAUUCAAUAUAUUCAUGACUUCCUAUUUCCUACACCGUCCAAGUUUCAGGAGCAUCAUCUUUCUGAUCUUACUACUUUUAUUUUUUACAACAAAGUUGAAAUAGUUACCAUGCUUCAGGAAGAUAAAAUCUUUAUGUUUGAAGUGUUUGCUCAGUUAAAAGAUAAUACUCUAGGUCAUGAAAGACGGCGUGAGUUGCUACUUUUUUUCAAGGAAUUCUGUGAAUUUGCUAACAUAUUAAAUUCUCUAAAGAAAAACAUAUUGAAAAGAGCGAUAAAGCUUGGACUCAUGAAGGCGCUGAAACUUUCAGUACAAACGCAAGACUACCAAACAAAAGAAGCUGCUAUAGACAUAUUUACUCAUGUAGUAGAAUAUAAUCCACAGAUCAUCCGAGCUUACACAAUAGAAGAAGCACGGACCAGCAAAAAUGAUGAUGAUCUUAUCAUGAAUAUAAUGAUCAAGCAAAUCAUCUGCGAUCCAGAUCCUGAAUCUUCAUACGUUUUAAGUUUGACAGCAGUUCUUCGUACACUUCUUGAUCCUGGAAGCAUGCGCACAACAGUGGAUGGAUCUGAAAAAAGCAAAUUCAUAAAUUUCUUCUGUAUGCAUUGCCUGGAUAUCUUGGCAUCACCAAUUUUAUCCAUCACAGGAAGGAAUAGUGAUGAUAACAGGGCAAGCAUCUCUCCUGAUAAUUAUCAAAAUGCACAAUUGCUUGGAGUUGUUUUAGAAUUACUCAGCUAUUGUGUAAAACACCACACAACAUACAUUAGAAAUUAUAUUGUGGGUAACAACUUGCUCAGCAGAGUCCUGGUGCUAAUGAGUUCAAAGCACAAGUUUCUGGUUUUGUGUGCUAUCAGGUUUAUGAGACAUAUGAUUGCACUUAAUGAUGAAGUUUAUAAUCUUUACAUAAUACAGCAAAAUCUUUUUGAACCUGUUAUAAAAGCUUUUUUACGUAAUGGGACACAAAGCAACAUGUUAAACUCAGCUAUUAUGGAGCUGUUUGAAUUUAUAAGAGAAGAAAACAUCAUGUCUCUUACUGCAAAUAUUGCAGAAAAAAUUUUUGUGGCUUCUGAAUCAGUUGGGUAUGUCCAGGCAUUUAAUGAUUUGAAAGUUUAUUUUGAAGAAAGGAAGGAAACCGAAAGACAAAUGAGAAAGAAUUUACAUAAUAUAAUAUACCAGAAAAUAUCUAGCAGACAUAUGAAUGCAAUGGAGGUAAAAGACGAGGAAGAAAUGUGUCCCGGAGAAAGAACUGAUGCUAUUCUCCCAAUUGCAAGUGAUUUUGCAAAAAACUAUGACAUGUUUAUUAGAAUUAAAGAUACACGUGAAAAUGAAGUAGAACAGUCAGAAAGAAAAACAUCUGAAGCCUUUGACUGUUCUUCAUCUCCUUCUGAUGCUUCUGCUAAUAGGGAGAAUGAGCCACACUACAGUAGCCUGGUUCCUUCAGUGGACUACCCAGAUGAUGAUGAUGAUGAGAACGACCAUGAAGACCAUCAUGACAUUGAUGAAGAGAAAGAACCUCCUCACAAAAGAUCUAAACUUGAUUCAUAAAAUCAGAUGAGGCCCUCGGUUUUUGAUUAAAAUACAAUUCUAAAAUAUCACAAACUGAAAUACCUAAUUAAAAUAUCUUUCACUUAUGGACUUUUAAUUAUAGUAAUAUAAGUAGCAGAUAUAAUGAAUAAAAGGCCUCACAUUUCUAUGAAGACUAUCCUCCAUAAUAUAGAUGCAUAGCAUAAAAAUAACAACCCCUAAGUGAUAAAUUCUCAUCAAGAACAUCUUAUUUUGGAAGCAUGGUUUGGGAGGUGGAAGCAGUCUGAUAAAAUAAUACAAUUCUCAUUCUGGCCUUUAUAUUACAGCCAACUAUGAAAGUUUUAUUGCAAAUCCUACUUUCACAAAAGGGUUAACAAUGGCAUUCUUUUCAUAAAUUGAAGUUUUUGUAUGUGUAGAAGAAAAAGUCAAUAUUACAGUAAAAAUAAAAUGAAACAUUUCAACUUUUUGUUAAGACUUAGCAAAAACAGCAUUAUUAAUAACAGGAGGGAAGCAAAAUUCAGUACAAUUAAAUG